AUGAGUAGCUGUGUGAGACCAAGUGUUAGUAGCAGUUCAAAUCCAGUAGUCCUUCUCUACUGCUUUGAUAGCUCAUGUUUAGAAUGGAGAAGUGUUUAUCCCUUGCUGGAAGAAGCCGGUUUGGAGGCCUGGGCUGUCGAUAUUCUCGGAUGGGUCUUUUCUGAUUUAGAAAGACGUCCACCUUGCGAUGCAACAUCAAAACGAGGCCACCUAUAUCAGCUAUGGAAGUCUCACAUAAAAAGACCCAUGAUCUUAGUUGGACCGAGCCUUGGUGCAGCCAUUGCCAUAGAUUUUGCAGUCAGUUUUCCAGAAGCUGUUGACAAGUUGAUUCUUAUCAAUCCAAAUGUAUAUGCAGAAGGCACUGGAAAUAUGACUAAGUUACCAAAAGUGGUGGCAUAUGGAAUGGUCUCCCUGUUGAAGAGUAUGCCAAUUAGGUGGUACGCCAAGCUUCUGAUUUUCGACGGAAUAUCAUUGUCUAGGCUAUUAGAUUAUACAAAUGUCGGCCGCCUUCACUGCCUCUUGCCAUGGUGGGAAGAUGCCACUGUAAAUUUUAUGCUCAGUGGUGGUUAUAACGUCACCGGCCAAAUAAAACAGCUGAAGCAAAAAGUUCUCCUCAUUUGCAGCGAACACGAUAAAAUUGUAGACAACAAGCUUGUUGAGAGACUACACGCGGAAGUCUCAAGCGCAAGUAUGCGUAAAGUACCGAAUUGUGGUCAUUUGCCUCACAUUGAGAAGCCGUAUAUGAUUGCUGAGAUGAUCGUUGAUUUUGCUGGAGGUUCAGCUACUUGUGAAGACCGGCCAAUUUCUACCAAAAUCACCAAUAAUGUAUCAUACAGAAACUGA